AGAAGAGAAACCAAACAAAUAUUGCCUGGUGACAGGGUCUUAUAUAGUGGAAUAAAAGUGGUCUGUGCGCACACGCAAUUUUUCAAGGGAGGUACGUACCUAGCUAGGUAAGGUACAGACCUGCUAGCUUCGUCGGGUCCUUCCAUUCCAGUCACUUUCCCCGUCACCUGAUAAAGAAAACUGGGGCGUCCAGGCGGUCUUAUCAUCAAGGUUCAGUGGAAAGGCGGGCAAGUCCCAUGACGUGCGGCUACCAGCACUCUCCUCAGCCUCCUGAGUUCAGCGCCACCUCUGCCAACUUCAAUACCUACCUGUCACUCGUGCUCCUCCCAUAACAGUUCUUCAUCCCCAUCGGCCAUAAUCUUGCUCCGGUCUCGAUACAAUCGCACAGUCUAUAACCUAUCUGUGCAGCGAUGAGGUUUGCCGCUGUCAUCGCCCUGGCAUUUGGCUUGGCGCCAGCCAGCGGCCUCCGUCUAUACCGCAGUGACCAGAGGAAUGUCCAGAGAAGCGUCGACGACGACGACCUAGACGUACCUGGCAAGUCUCCGCUCAAGUACUGCCGCGAAGAUCGGGCCGACGAUAUCAUUAAGAUUGAGAGCGUUGAUCUCCUGCCGAACCCCCCAGAGGCUGGUGCCGAACUUAUCAUCAACGCUGUCGGCACUGUAUACGAGACGAUCGAGGAGGGAGCAUACGUCAAUUUGCAAGUUAAAUACGGCCUGAUUCGGCUCGUCAAUACCAGGGCGGAUCUUUGCGAGCAAAUCAAGAAUGUCGACCUCGAGUGCCCGAUCGAGAAAGGCUUGAUUUCGAUCACGAAAGCCGUCAACCUCCCCAAGGAAAUCCCACCUGGCAAAUACACUGUUGAAGCGGAUGUCUAUACCCUCGACGACGAGCACAUCACCUGCCUGAAAGCAACUGUUGUCUUCGGAAGAAAAGACAGCUCUAGUUUCUUUGACCUUUAACGGUUCGACCUGCAAGAGCACUGGGGGUUUUAGGCGAAUGAGCCAUGAUGAGAGUAACAUAGCAUUGGAUGGGGUGUUAUCUGUUGCCUGUUGACAGUUUGUUGUCUGCAUUAUUGGUUUCUUGAAGUUUGCUGCGUCUUCUUCCAGUUCUUAGUCUGCAUCGUUGUCUGAAAGCAUACGCAAGCUCAUGGCGGCAGUAAUGAGUAUCCUAGGACAUUACUCUUAUCUUCCGCCCUAAAUUCAAAAUGAAUACCCAUCGAGAUUACACAUC